AUGCCAGUAAAGGGCGAACACGCCGCCCCUUUACUGCGUGUUCCGCCCUCCCCAAUCGACGACGACGAUCCCACCUCCAACGACGACGACGAUGAUGCUAUGGCCCCUCCUCGCCAUAGAUGCACUAACAAAAACAACGCCAACAUUAAAUCGUUGUUCUUCUUAUUCAUCAUAUUCCUUAACGUUGUCGCCUCUCGUGGUCUCACCGACACCGAGAACCUCCUCAAGUUCAAGGCCUCCCUAGUCGACGCCAGAGCACUCGCCAAUUGGGCCGACGACGGCGGACAGGUUUGCGACGGGGACAGGGCCAAUUGGAUUGGCGUGCUCUGCGACGAAGGCCUGGUGUGGGGCCUGCAGCUGGAGACUAUGGGACUGAAGGGUAAAAUCGACGUGGACAGCCUGGCCGAGCUCGAGGAGCUGAAGACAUUGAGCCUCAUCAACAACGAGUUCGACGGGCCCCUGCCGGAGUUCAGGAAGCUUGUCGGGUUGAGGUCGCUGUACUUGUCGAACAACCAAUUCUCCGGCGAGAUUCCUGGGGAUGCUUUUGAAGGGAUGGGGAAGCUGAAGAAAUUGUACCUGUCGGGGAACAGGUUUACAGGGGAGAUCCCUUCUUCGUUGGCUGGAUUAUCCAAGCUGACCACUUUGAAGCUCGAACAGAAUCAAUUUACAGGGAGAUUGCCGAAAUUCACCGCCAAAUUCGAGGCUUUUAAUGCGUCGGACAAUCGAUUGGAAGGUCCCAUUCCUGCUAGUCUCGCCAACAUUGAUCCCUCUGCGUUUUCUGGGAACAAAGGCUUGUGUGGAAAGCCACUAGAGGAAUGCACCGCCGCUCAAUCCUCAUCCUCCCCUGCCUCUGCCCCAACGGCAUCUGCCGCCGGCGGUGCCACCACAACCUCCAAAUCAACCGUUCAACCAACCCCGACGGACGACGACGACCCGACCGAUCCCACCGCCGGCCCCUGGAAACCCUCGACGGCGAGCAUCGUGAUCGUCGCCAUCGUCGUCGGGGUGGCCGUAUGCGGGAUCCUCGCUGCAGCAUUCAUCCUCACGCGCCGCCGAAACCAGUCCCCGGAGUCGAUCGAGGCCGGCCCACCGGGGACUGCACCGCCACCGACGACCAUCCAGCACAAGCAAGAGGCGACGCCGGAGAGCCACUCGGCGGCAGGGGGAGGCAGGGGAGGGGGCAGGGGAGGAGGGAAGAAAUUGGGGGCAGAGGCGGCGGCGGUGAAGCUGUCGUUCGUGAGGGAGGACAGGGGGAAGUUCGAGCUGACCGACCUGCUGAAGGCGUCGGCGGAGAUACUGGGAGCUGGGUGCUUCGGGUCGUCGUACAAGGCGGCGCUGGCGCCGGGGCAGGUGAUGGUGGUGAAGAGGUUCAAGCAGAUGAAUAAUGUCGGGAGGGAGGAGUUCCACGAGCACAUGCGGCGGCUGGGGAGGUUGAGGCACACCAAUUUGCUGCCGCUGGUGGCUUACUAUUAUCGGAAAGAGGAGAAGUUGCUGGUUCAUGACUUUGUUCCCUAUGGGAGCUUGGCUGUCCAUCUCCAUGGGCACCAAGCCCUAGGGCAGCCAAGCCUGGAGUGGGAGAACAGGCUCAAGAUCAUCAAGGGAGUGGCAAGAGGACUAUCCUAUCUGCACAAGGAGCUACCAACCCUGAUCGCCGCCCACGGCCACCUGAAAUCCAACAACGUCCUCCUCGACGAGAACUUCGAGCCUUGCCUCACCGACUACGCCCUAAUCCCGGUCAUCAACCAGGAGAGCGCACAGGAGCUCAUGGUCGCCUACAAGUCCCCGGAGUACCUCCACCACGGCCGCGUCACCAAGAAAACCGACGUCUGGUCCCUCGGGAUGCUCAUCCUCGAGAUCCUCACCGGCCGGAUCCCCUCCGCCGUCCUCAAACAAGGGGGUGGCGGCGAGGAGGAGGACCUGGCGGCGUGGGUGAGGGCGGUGCCGGAGGAGAAGUGGGUUUGCGAGGCGGUGGACAAGGAGCUGGCGGAGGAGAUUGACAACCACAAUGAAGCGGAGGUGGUGAAGCUGGUGAGGAUAGGGUUGGGUUGCUGCGAGGCGGAUGUGGAGAGGAGGUUUGAUGUGAAGGAGGCGGUGGAGAGGAUCGAGGAGGUGAAGGUGAACGAUAGGGAUGCGUUUGACGACGAUUUCUAUUCUUCGUAUAGUGAGAGUACCACUGCCGGCGGCGGUGGUGGUGGGGAUCGGAGGCGGCCGUCGAGGGAAUUGUCGGCUGAUUUCAGUGGUAUUUCUUAA